GAGCGGCGUCCGUCCUCCUGAGGCGUCUGAGGCGAUGCUGUUCUCCCUCCGCGAGCUGGUUCAGUGGCUGGGCUUCGCGCCCCUGGAGCUCCUCCUGCAGGCGCUGGCGCUCCUGGCCGCGUCGGCGCUGCUGGUGCUGAAGGCGGACGGCGGGGAGUCCGGGGAGGCGCUGAGCUGGUGGGCGGUGCUGGCGGCCUUCUUCGCGGCCGACGGGCUGAGCGCCUACUUCAGCACCAUCGUGUCGGUGCGGCUCUUCCAGGACGGCGAGAAGCGGCUGGCGGUGCUGCGGCUGCUGUGGGUGCUGACGCUGCUGAGCCUCAAGUUCGUCUUCGAGGUGCUGCUGGGCCAGAAGCUGGCGGGCCAGAGCCGGGAGCUGUGGUUCGGGCUGCUGCUGUCGCCCGUCUUCAUCCUGCUGCAGCUGCUCAUGAUCCGGGCCUGCAGGGUCAACUAGGGGCCCAGGGAGGGAGGGGAGGGAGGAAGGAAGGAAGGAAGGAAGCCAAGCCAGGCGAAGGGCAGUGCAAGUGAAGUGGAAAGCCCGGGAAAGGCAAAGGAAAGCGAGGCAAAGCAAAACAAAGGGAGAGAAAGGCAAAGCAAGGCAAGCACUCAGACACCCACACCCCACAUCCACCUGCAGCAGCGGCUGAGCGCUCAACCAGCCCAAAGAGAGGAGGCGGAAGAAAGCAAAGCACGCGUGCACCGGUGACAGCGGCUGAGCACUCAGGUCUGGCCCAGGGAGAAGAGGCAGAGGAGAGCAAAGCAACGACCACCCCCAACAUACACCUGGGAGAGGGGGCGGAGAGGAGAGAGAGGCAAGACCAAGCAAGAAUGCUUUCCACACCUGCAGAGCGCUCGGGACCAUGCCACAGAGAGGAGGUGCAGGAGGGCAAAGCGCUGCAGCACUGGCUGAGGGACAUGACGGAGGAGAGCAACGCAAAGCAAGCACAACUCUGGCCUGCUGCACCGGCGGAGAUCUCAGGACCCGCCUAGAGGGAGGAGGCAGCAGCAGGGCUCAGCUCCUCUUCCACGGCCACCUAUCCAAAGCACCCUGCUGCUCCUUCCCACUGCUGCCGUCGAGGCAAGGAACUGCGCCUGCCCUGCAUGUACCGGGGUGACUGCUUUUGCACCCUUGCUUGGACCCUGCAAUGCUGCCUUCGGACCCUCUGCCACCCCAUUAGCCCACCGGAACCCCUCCCCCCAAAAAGGUUGGACCCUCGGGGUAGUUAUGUAAGAAUAAAAACGCACAACCUAGGGGAGAAGUUAGCAGCUCGGGGUCCUUCCAGCUCUGAAAUUCUGUGAUGAUUCUGUUAAUACUUUAUCUUUCCCCAUCCUGGAAUUUUUGCAAUUUAUUUAUUUUUUAAGACACUUUAUCAUUGUACCACCAGGAAUAAAAUGAAGCCUUCUGGCCCUUUCAAGUCUGCCCUGAUACUAGAAAGGUUUACUUGAGAGUGGAAGGGUGGCACUAGUUUGUUUAAAAAAACAAUAAAAGUU